GGCGGGCGGCGGUUGUGGUGGCAGGCGGCCAUGCUGCUCACCGUGUUCUGCCUGCGCCGCGACCGCAGCGAGCUCACCUUCUCCCUGCAGGUGGACGCUGACUUCGAGCUGCAGAACUUCCGCGCCCUCUGCGAACUCGAGUCCGGCAUCCCGGCAGCUGAGAGUCAGAUAGUCUAUGCGGAGAGGCCUCUCACUGACAACAACAGAUCCCUGGCCUCCUAUGGCUUGAAAGAUGGAGACGUGGUGAUUUUACGACAGAAAGAUACCGUAGAGCCACGGCCCUCAAUCCGUUUCCCAGCUCUGCCAAGGAUAGACUUCAGCAGCAUUGCGGUUCCUGGGACGUCGGCGCAGCAGCGUCAGUCACCAGCACAGCGCCUUCGUCCGUCGCCUCCCGAUGCGCCUUCGUUCUCUCAGGGUUUGGAAAACCCGGCAUUGCUACGGGAGAUGUUGCUUGCGAAUCCCCAUGAGCUGUCCCUGCUGAAGGAGCGCAAUCCGCCUUUGGCGGAGGCGCUGCUCAGUGGAGACCUAGAUAAAUUUACCAGGGUAUUGCUGGAGCAACAGCAGGACCGAGCCCGACGGGAACAAGAGAGGAUCCGACUGUAUUCAGCUGACCCUUUUGAUCUUGAGGCCCAGGCCAAGAUAGAAGAAGAUAUAAGGCAACAAAAUAUAGAAGAAAAUAUGACGAUAGCAAUGGAAGAGGCACCUGAGAGCUUUGGCCAGGUGGUGAUGCUUUAUAUUAACUGUAAAGUCAAUGGACAUCCAGUGAAAGCCUUUGUUGACUCAGGUGCCCAGAUGACCAUUAUGAGCCAAGCUUGUGCUGAAAGGUGCAACAUAAUGAGGCUGGUGGAUCGGCGGUGGGCUGGCAUUGCUAAAGGUGUGGGCACUCAGAAAAUAAUUGGCAGAGUGCACUUAGCUCAGGUUCAGAUCGAAGGGGAUUUCCUGGCGUGUUCCUUCUCCAUCCUUGAAGAGCAGCCCAUGGACAUGCUUCUCGGACUGGAUAUGCUUAAGAGGCAUCAGUGUUCCAUUGAUCUCAAGAAGAAUGUACUGGAGAUUGGCACGACCGGCUCACAGACUGCUUUCCUCCCAGAGGGUGAGCUCCCGGAGUGUGCCAGGCUGGCUUAUGGGGCCGGGCGGGAAGACGUGCGGCCAGAGGAGAUUGCUGACCAGGAACUAGCAGAAGCAAUACAGAAGUCUGUAGAGGAAGCAGAGAAUAGUGACAAAGAAACUACCUCACUGGAAAUGCCCUCAUUACCAGCUUCUGAUGGGUUUCAAAAUCCAGUCCAGUCUUCAGGACUAAGUUCUAAGAUCUGUAAUCCCACAAAUCAAUUACUUGAUCGAUCUAUCUUUUCCCCUGUUUCAACUCGCUUAUCCAAAGCUAGCCUCACAGAGCCCAUUGAUCCUAAAGCUGUCAAGUCAUUUGAAUCUUCAACUGAAUGCCAGAUCACCCCAGAAAAAGAUUAUCCUCUUGUGUUACAGCAUCUUUCCAAUAUCUCUUCCUUGGCAAAUAAUGACCACUCUCUUCAGACUGAGGAGGUGAAUUGUUGCAGUCCAGCUUGCCUUUCACAGAAUACACUUGAAGAAACAUUUCUUGCUGACAGUCUAAUGGAAUGUAACACUAUAGAACAAGGCUGUGGUGAGGAACCUCUUUUGGAAGUGACAAAAGAAAAUAGUUUGACUGACAGCACUACUAAGCUUGGGCAAAUAAAAAAUGCAUCUCUGCCUUCAGAACUAAAGGAACCAAAACAGAAGAACAAGCUUACCAUAAAACAUCAGAUGUACAAAGAACCAGAGAAGUUUGAGCAUCUGGAGGAACAAACUGACAAAACUGACCUAGAACAUCCUGGCAACAUUGGUGGGGUUGAGAAACCUGCUGUGGAAGAAGAGGGCCGUACAGUCAGCCAGCCAGAAAGUCCUCCUGCAGAAAUGAGAGAAGGUAGACUGGAGAAAGCAGAUCUUUCCUGUGUGAAAGGGCAUAUCCAAGCAUCCUGUAGUUGUGUGCAUAUGGAAGUGGAUACAGCUGAGCGUUCUGUAGCUGAAGUGCACAUCUCAGCAAGCAAGCAGAAGUGGCAAGCCAAGAAUGGAAGGGCAUUGGACCUGAACUCAGAUGCCUCUUCUAUGGAAUUGGAGUCACUGAAGUCUGCAACUUCCCUGAGUGAUGCAGCUUCCACCUCUGAUGUGUUGCAGUCUAAAAGCACAAGUGAAAUACCCACAAAGUGUAAUGAGUUGUCCAAUUUAACAUCUGAAAACAGUUCUUCCCCCUCCAUCAUUCAUCAACAGGACACCGAUCUGUGCAGACAUUUAGAAGAGCCGUGUUUCUCUCUAGCAUCAGCCUUGAAAGAGCUUCACAAACUCUUGAUCAGUUGUAAAGGAGAAUGUAAAGUUCUUACAUCUGAAGUCUCUCAGCUGGAAAUGGUUUGCAAAGAGCAAGUACAACAGAAGGGGUUUUCUGAAGAUGAGCGGAAAGGCUUAGAUCCAGAUGGCCAGCAACAGAGUAGUUCCUCCUUUAAUGUGAGAUCUGAAGGUGGAAAAAAAGAGAGGAGCCAGCCUUGCAAUUCUGGCACAGAAAACGUUAGUCUUGAGUCUGUCACUCACAUGGAAUCAGCUUCUGGAGAAGAUGCUUUUGAAAUUCCAAAGUUUUCAGGUAAGAGUGAUUUGAUUGUAGUGACUUCUGCAGGGAAAUCUGACCAACAAGAGAGCUCUGAGCAGGCAAAGGUUUUGCCAGAAUGGUUCCUAAGUUCAACUUUGGAACAGAGCACUGUUUCCUCUCAGCCUGCUUUGGAUGAAGGUACAUCUCAAGAUAUUCAGGCAUCACUCACAAGAGCACCUGAGAGAAGCAGUAGUUCUGCUCCUGACAGCCCAGCGUCAUUGGGUGGGUGUGAGGAGCCACUGCCUAGCCCACCCGCUGAGUCCACUGAACUUUCCUUGGUUGCUUCACCACCUGCUUUCUCUCCAGCUGAUGUUGAUCGAAUCCUUGGUGCUGGCUUUACCACGCAAGAAGCUCUGGAGGCUUUGGAACAAGCAGAUGGGAAUGCAGAUCUUGCUCUUCUCAUUUUGCUAGCCAAGAGUAUUGUUGUUCCUACAUAACUGUGGAAGAGGGGAUCUUUUAAAAGGCAUAUCUAAAUUACACGUUGUAAUGUACAAGCAGAAUGUUGAGCCAGAGUUUUUAAUUAUUUGCAGCCAAAGUAACUUGUCUCUUCUGUUUCACUUGUUAGAUUUGGCCUUUUGAAAGAAAGAAAAUGUUCUCGUAUUUCGUGGACAGGAUAGCUUUUAACUAUACAUACUGGAUUAAAAUUAAUGUUUUUAUUUAAAUGCAGAAUUUUUGAAUAAGCUCCAGUGUUAUGAAUAAGAAGCAGAAGCCAUUAAGAUCACUGCCCUGUCCAGCGCAGAGCAGAUUGUGAAAUGAAUUGUGUGUGUGUAUGUGUGCAGCCGGUGGUGAGGCACGGCACAUGGUGUCAUACAAGGCACACACUGAGUCUGGUAUGGCACAGGUGCAGAGCUUUUCUAAAUGGGCUUUUUGGGUUUGUACUGUUUUCUCUCUCCUACACCUUAUAACCAAAUGUUUGUGAUGCUAAUGAAACAAUUGUGGCAGCUACUACAGGUGCCCACGGGUGUGUAAAACUUUACAAAAGGAAUGGGAGGGUGUUGAGUGUUCUUGGAAGCGUGGGUUUGUGUUUGCAUGGGGAAAGCUGAUGCUUACUUUUGACAAACCCUUUCAUGCUCCUGGGCCAGCGUGUUUAAGUUUACAUCGUGGGGAUAGGGGAUGGAGAGAAAAAGGGAAGGGGUAGAAUUUGGUUCUAGCUAAACUAAGAGAUGUACCGACUUACUUGAAGAUGUGCUGAUAUCAAUUGUAGUUGGGGAGGGGAAGUAGAAAGGGGAAAAGAGUAUUUUACAAUUUCUUUUUUUUUUCCUAACCUUGCCCAUAUCAUGUUCCUCUCUACAAAAGAACAAGCUCAACCACUUACAGCAAAACCUUGAUGAUGAAACCUCAUAGCAAAGCAACUGCGUGUCAUGGCUUCUAGUUGCAUCUAUCCCUGGAAGAUGGAUUCCCUAUGCGCUGCAUGGGGUUGUGAUCAGCAGAAUGAAGAAAUCUGCUUCGCACUAGUUUAUUGUGAUGUUUGGGGAUGAUCAGCCUCUCAGCAACUGCAGAAAGCCUGUAGUGCCUGAUGGGCUACUAAUUGAAUACCGCUUAAAGAGUGGGGGCUCCCAGGUAGGGCUUAUGGAACACACAGUGACAUGGUGUUUGUGUUACAGCCAUCGUGGCCUUCCAGGAGGUCCUUGGGGAGCAGCCUGCCUGAUUAGGACUUGCUGAGGCUGUGCUGUAGGAAGCCUUUACCAGAUUUUUUUUUUUUUUUCAGGUGAACUACUCUGGGGGUUUUGCAGAGCCUCAAAAUACGCUUGGGGCUGGGGAAGGAAAGCAUGGUUGAAAUAUGAUACCAAAUUUUAAGUAGGAAAUCUACUUUUACUUAAUCUCACUUAUGAAACUCUGAAGUGGCUCCCUGUGAAGUGUUCAUCUUAAACUUUCUGCUUCGGAGCUAGACCUGAAGUGACUGAUCAGCAGUGGCUGGAAACAUGACUUGUUCAUUGCUUCGUUGUUGUCCCAGACAUCUCCUUGGUGUUUUGUUUUCCCUGCUCCUUAGCAGGUUUGCCUAUAUGUAUUCCAAGCUUUUCUUUCAUGUAGGGUAGCAUUUAAAAACAACAUAAACUUGGUUUCAUUUGUGAGCCUGCAGAGUUGUGUGUCUGAGUGGUGGUCAUCAGAUUCUUCUUAGGUGAUUGGGUAGCCAAGAAAUCCGUUAUUUUCUAAAGAGCUGUAAGGCAUUCCUUCUGUUGGAAGCAGCGUUUGCUUGAGUUGUGGAUGUACUAGCGAGGCUUGGCGUGUCCAGACACACUUCGCUUAUAUCCCACUACUGAUGGUCUCAGCAGCAGGCAUUGCUCUGUGCUUGCACUGGGAGCAGUGUUUGUCUCUUUGGGAACUCCUUGCUUGAGCAGCAUCAGGUAAUUCCCUGCAGGCUUUGUUCAGAAGGAGUCAUUAGUAAGGCAGGAUUACAGCUUUGUGAUCUCUACAUGCAGGUAGUAAGAGUUGACCCCCGGUAAAGCUUGUUGAUACUCUUUGCAGUGAGCCCUCAAAUAAUCAAAAUCCCAUUCUGUAAAGGGUAAUGCUUGGACUGCUACAGGAGUGCAGACAGUGUCAUCAGAUCUCUCUAGAAGCUUUAGGAAAUAAGAUUUCAAUGUUAGGCCUAUUCACAUCUAGUUCAUUACCAAAAGCAUCACUGUGAGUAGAGCUCUCAGCUCCAGAGCCUCCUUACUCGUAGCAGUGUUUCUGUUCCUGAUUCAUGCUAUGGGUCUCAGUGUGAGAGCCCAUCUCUGGUACAUGUGGUCCGUGCACCAACGACGCCAGCUGCAGGUUGGCCCUCCUGGAUGCCUGCGGGUUCAUUUACUGCCAGCUCCUUGAAGCGUCAGAUGUUAGCCAUUCAAUGUUAUACCCUUUUUGUAUUUACACGUUUAUGUUUUUAGAAGCAAUUGCUAGUAGCUAAGUGAGAUACUGCUGCUCUGCACCAAACUGGUUAAAGGCUCUAGUUUUAUGGCCACGUUUACUUAGACUGCAUAUACAGAAUUUAUGCUAUAAAGGCUUUAGAGCAUCAGCCAACUCGCUUCAAUGCUCAGUUUUAUUCUUUGACAAAUACAGGGUUUGAAAUCUGCCCUUCUGCCAAAGCUGUACUGAAGCAUUUAUCGAUACUGCUAGAAUUUCUUCUGUAACUUUCUCUGAACUGCUAGAAACAAAGCCUGACCCUGCCCAGCUGAUGAAUGCUAGUACUUGUCUUUUAUCAAAUUGGUCUGAGCCUGGUGAUCUAAAUCUCUUAAUGCCACAGAGCCUUGCUUUGAGCAAAUGGCUGUGUGCUGCUAAAUUAGACAGUGAUUUUGUCUUUUCAGAAGCAAGAUUUACAUUAGAGAAAAUCUGGGUGGUGGUGAGUAUCUGAGUUAAAAUAAAAUACAAGAGCAAUUGCUGUCUGUUUUCUGUUUCAAUGUGUGCAUGUGUCCCCUGCUGUGUGCACACAUCUUUGGCCCAGCCUUUACCAACCCCUUCACCGAGCUGUCCUCUGCCAGCAAAGCGGGAGUGUCUGUGUUUGUGUGGCAGACUGCUAAAGCUUUUUGGCUUUGGGAUAGAGAUGUAAUGCCAAGAGCUGUUCAGGUUUUGGAGAAACUAGGUAAAUGGACUCUGUGCUCAAAUGAGGCUCUUCACACACUUCAUUCAUCAGUGCUCCAUGCUAAGCAUUCAUAUCAGCUUGGCAAAAUGAUUUCCAUAUGAAAGAGAUACAGCAACACUGGACCUGCUUUGUAAAGAUGGCAGUGCCUGUGGUGACCACUCUGGGUCCACUGAGUAUGUUCCUGGGUAUUUCCUGAAGCCACUGUGGUUACGUACCGUAUGAUUGGUUGCUGAGAGGUAUUGUUUUCCUGAGAGAUACCGAAGGGAUCUCCUUGGCCUCUUCCUGAAUGCGUAAUCCUGUAAAUGAGGCUCCAGGCAAGCUUAGAGGUGAUGAGCAUUGAAAUAACACUUGGUAGUCUCUGGGCACAGAGCGGCCUGGCAGGAGGAGAUGUUUCCUGGCAGAGCGGAGCAGUGCUGUGUUACUGCAACAAUCUCUGCCUCGUUGCUCGUUGUGCUUGACUCUCUAUGUGGACACUUGGUCUCAAGCACUGCUAACCUUGUGCCUCCAAGAAAUGUUCCCUUCCUUCUUUCUUCCUCUGUCUUCACCCUCUUGCUAUCUCCUUCAGUCAGAAGUAGCAAUAUUUUACUUGGUGGUAAGUUUUCUUUCAGAUGCCAUUAGUGAUCAAAAGGAGGAACACAUCCUAGGGGUUUCUUCACCAGACUUGGACUUAGUGCCACAUGGCUCCACAGAAAUUGAAUAUUAACUCAGAGAGGCCUUUUGCCAUCCUCUCUUGGUGAUCGGCUUGGGAAAUGGGGUCAGUUUUGUGUACAUUGUUCCCUUUUGAAGCAUUCAACAGAUUUCUUCCUGCACUGUGUAGAUGUGGCUUAGUUGGUGAUCCAAAUGCGUAGUGGUUUGGGUUACUCCUUGGCUGAUGCUUUUUAGCUUAAAAGUUUUACAAACUCACGUAAGGAACUUGAGGGAAUCAAUUCUCAGGAAUCCUACAGCUGGUUGCAUUUGUGUCAUUUACUCUUCUGGGCUGAACAUAUUGCAGUUGUCCUUGCAGGUGGCUGAAGGGAAAUGCGCUUGUGUCAUCAGAAAAUGGGAUGUGGGUCUGCCCGAAGUAAUACACACUUGAUUCUUUUUUUGAUUUUUUUUUUAAUAUUGGGGGUCUGUUUAUCAUCAAAAUUGAUGUGUAAAAUAAAUUUGAUAUUUAAAAAAAUAAAUAAACACUUUAUCAUAA